GUUAUGUCCAAGUAUGAAAACCAGAUUAUUAUUUUCACCGACUACCUAGAAGAAUUCCCCGAUACCGAUGAGCUGGUAUGGAUCCUGGGGAAGCAGCAUCUCCUCAAGACGGAAAAAUCUAAGCUGUUGUCUGAUAUAAGUGCUCGUCUAUGGUUUACCUACAGAAGGAAAUUUUCAUUGAUUGGGGGAACAGGCCCUUCAUCUGAUGCCGGCUGGGGUUGUAUGCUGCGCUGUGGGCAGAUAAUGCUGGUUCAAGCCCUCAUCUGUAGACACCUGGGAAGGGAUUGGAACUGGGAGAGACAAAAAGAACAACCCAAAGAAUACCAAAGGAUACUGCAAUGUUUCCUAGAUAGAAAAGACUGUUGCUAUUCAAUCCAUCAGAUGGCACAAAUGGGAGUAGGAGAAGAGAAAUCUAUUGGUGAAUGGUUUGGACCAAAUACAGUUGCACAGGUGAAAAAAAAAAAACUCGCUUUAUUUGAUGAAUGGAAUUCCUUGGCUUUUUAUGUUUCAAAGGAUAACACAGUGGUCAUUGAAGAUAUCAAGAAAAUGGGCUGUGUUCUCCCUGUGGGUGCUGUUGACAUAGCUGGUGAGAGCCCUCCUGAUUCUCUGACUGUUUGCAAUCAGAGUAAAGGCACCUGUGCCUCGUGCCCAGCUUGGAAACCCCUGCUGCUCAUUGUGCCACUUUGCCUGGGCAUAAACCAAAUCAAUCCUGUGUAUAUUGAAGCAUUCAAAGAGUGUUUUAAGAUGCCACAGUCUUUAGGGGCUUUAGGAGGAAAGCCAAAUAACGCAUAUUAUUUCAUAGGAUUCUUAGGUGAUGAGCUCAUUUUCUUGGAACCUCACACAACCCAGACCUUUGUUGACACUGAAGAGAGUGGGCUAGUAGAUGACCAGACUUUCCAUUGCCUGCAGUCUCCACAGUGGAUGAGUAUCCUGAACUUGGCUCCUUCUGUGGCCUUGGGAUUUUUCUGCAAGAAAGAGAAAGAUUUUGAUAAUUGGUGUAGCCUUGUUCAGAAGGAAAUUCUAAAGCAGAAUCUGAGGAUGCUUGAAUUAGUUCAGAAACACCCAUCACACUGUCCUCCCUUUGUACCUCCAGCCAAGCCAGAAGUGACAACUACAGGGGCAGAAUUCAUAGACUCUACUGAACAACUGGAGGACUUUGACCUGGAGGAAGAUUUUGAGAUUCUCAGUGUGUAG